UAAGAACCAGCCAAACGCGGUCGGUGAUUCAAAUCAACAUUAUUUUUUCCAUCCACUUCUAUUUGCCCUGCGCCUUCUUAUACUUCUUGUUCCAAAAUUCUGAAUUCCAUUAGUGAAUGGUCAGAGACACUAAACUUUACGACACCCUCGGCGUGAAAGAAAGCUCUUCAGAGCUUGAAAUAAAGAAGGCAUAUCGAAAGCUUGCCAUCAAGUAUCAUCCUGAUAAGAACCCUAACGCUGGUGACAAGUUCAAGGAGAUAUCCCAUGCCUACGCCAUCCUGUCGGAUCCUGAAAAACGGGAGAAAUACGAUGCUGCUGGUGUAGAUGACGCUGCUUUUCACUUUGGAUACGAAGAAGUACAUGUCGACGUUGGUAACAAACGGCGCCGCAAAAAAGAACGAGGUGAUGAUAUAGUCCACGAACUCUCGGUCACUCUUGAGGAUCUCUAUAUGGGAGCUACUAAGCAGAUCAACCUGAACAGGUCGGUUCUGUGUGUUGGCUGCGCUCCAACUGAAAGUCUCAAGACAGCAACGUGUAAACAUUGCCAUGGAACUGGCUACUUGACCUAUAAUUCUCGAGGCUAUAACACGGUCCGGCAAGUACGCAGUGUUUGCAAGAAAUGCAAUGGAUCUGGCGAUUACCGAAACAAUGGCUGCAAAGUCUGUAAGGGCAAAGGCAUCGUAAACGAACGAAAGGUCCUAGAAGUUCACGUAGAGAAAGGUGCUAAGAAUGGACAAAAAUUAUUAUUUGGUCAAGAGAGUGAUCAAGAGCCAGGAGUUAUACCCGGUGAUGUCAUAUUUAUCUUGAAGUUGGAAUCUCAUGAUAGAUUUGAGGUUCGUGGAAAGAAUCUUUACACCAAAAUUCAUAUCACCCUUCAAGAAGCGCUAUGUGGAUUUGACAAAAUCCUAUUCAAGCACAUGGAUGGUCGCGGAAUUCGAGUUAAACAUACUGCAGGAUCAGUGAUCCAACCUGGAUCGUUCAAGACCAUCAUGAACGAGGGUAUGCCAACAUAUCGCAGAACAGAAGACAAGGGCAACAUGUACAUUCAAUUCCUGGUUGACUUUCCUGCCGAUAUGUGGACCAGUGCUGGUAACAUUGAUGCCAUUCGAGGCUUAUUGCCCGGUCCAAGCGAAGAAGUGACUCAGGAAAAGGAUAUGGUGGUAGAUGAUUGCAGUCUUUUGGACGUCAACUUUGAAGCUCUCCGUAGCCAGGAAGAUAAAAGUCGACAAGUGCAUCGCACUGAUAUGAACAAUUAUGAAGAUAUUGAGCGGGUCUCAAAACCUGCUGCCGCCGCCGUCGGUUGCCCUCAACAAUAAUAGCAACUUUGACCAGCACGACGCAAACUCUUUUUUCCCUCACCGCAUUGUAUAGCACACCACUUCCUAACCCACUUAGCAUUAAAAGAGUCAAAGAAGUAGCGAGCACCAAGAAUAAAAUAUUGUCUUUUUGGACAUAAUGAUUGACCUGUUGUGGUGCCAAUCCUGUUUUUUAUUUCGGUAUUACACCAAGUUGGUAAAAGUA